AUGACCUGCAGCCGUCUACAUGGGAGUUUGACCUCUUGGAAAGAGACAAGUUUGGGUAGCAAGGAAUCACGAUCAAGAGACUUUAAUAUGUGGACAAGUCCUGGAAUCAUGGAUGGAGUUUUUCCAUCACAGCCUAUAUCUGCUAUAGGUUCUGAUCCUCCAGAAGGCCAACAAGGAGCUCCAACAUUUUCCUACUAUUUAAAUUGGGGAUUUCCAUCAAACAAGAAAGAGGUUCAUGAGGCUCUUCAGAACAUCCAGGAAAGCCUUCAACCGCAGAAAGACAUUCACAGAGAGAGCACUAGUCUGCUGGCUGUAAUUGACCAGCCAUUGAUUGGUCAAAUUGAUCAUCUACAACCAUCUGAAAUACCUCGUCAUAGAAAAGAAACAGAAGUCCCAACAUUCAAAGGCAUUGUUCAGUUCAAACCUCCUGAAAAAGAUCAGCCAACUCAUUCUGAACAAUAUCAGCCCACAAGCUUGGCAAGUGUGUCCAGUAGUUUCAAAAAAGACAAUGGUGCACUUGAAGUCACAGACCAGGAUGUUAAAGAUGAGGCAAUGGAACAGAAGCUCAUAUGUAUCAAUGCUGAUCAUAUGAUCAACAAGUCAUUUAACUUUCCAAAGAUAUCUACAAAGGAUUCUUCAAACAGAAUGAACAAGAUUUCAAAAGCCCGCAUAGGAGAUCCUGAAGGACUCUUAAAGGUUGCUGAAGAGCCAGAAAAUGUCAAUAAUAAUGUGAUUGAUAUAAACACAAAUCCAGACGCCCAUGAUAAGAGCUCAUAUAACGGCAGAAAAACUAAUGCUAAAUCGGGUGAUAAUGAUAAGAAACUCAUAUCAGAAAAGGGAAAGUUUAAGGAAGAGAUCACCCAUGGUAAAUCUUUCAACAAUAAGAACCCGUUUAAAGCUUUAGAGGAUUUGAAUGAGUCUUUGGAGUCCAAUCUAGUCAAAGGGGAUAUCAAAUCUGGCCAUAAAAAACAGGAGUUCCAGAAGACGACAGAUAAAUUAUCACCCGGUGAAGAAGCUGCAGAAAUCAACCACAAGAACGUUGAUCCUAGUAAAGACAUGGAUGGAAAAGUUGGUCAGAAAGGGAGCAAAACUGUCAAUAAUAAAAAAGGUAAGAAAAAUACCAAAUCCAAGCAGGGAAGAAACAAAGUUGUGGACAAAGACACUACUAUAGCAUCAAUUUAUGCAAAGUUUUUGGAUUCAAGUAGUCCUCCUCCAUCAACAACAAAUGCUGGAUUGACAAGAGAAGAGCUCUUCAAGCUGAACAUCAAGGAAUUUUUAAUGUAUUGCCUGAAAUUUCAUGAUAAGACACUUCAUCUGCCAAUUUUAUUGGGUGAUUUAGAGUUUGAAUACUUGAUUUCGUCUGAUUAUCUAAAAAGCGCAGAUCGUUGGGGGCCAGCAAAGGCUGAAUUUGCCACCAGGUUUGGACAUUUUCGUGAAGCAACAAGGAGGAUAAAAUCUAUUCAAACUCAAUUCCAAGAAAAAAGAGUUGUAUGGAAUUGGAAUUUAACCAAGGAUCGUUUACCAAAAUAUGCUCAAGCUUUUGUUCAAUUGCUCAGACCUGAUGAAGAGUUCCCAUCAUUUAGGGAUUCAGAUCUCAACCUUUGGAAUAUAUUCCGUGAUCGAGAGAAUGCAUUGGAGAAACGUAGUCCUACCACCAUUGAGAAGGUUGCUGGUAUCUUUGGUGGUGAAUAUAACAAGCGCAUUGUGACGCUGAGUUUGAUGUCUCGUUAUUAUUCAUCUUUUCUGGACGCGGUGAUCGAUAGUGGUGCUGUGAAGGAGGGGAUUGACCUCCCUGUACUUAUUGUGUUUGAUCACUGUCUUCGCUUACAGCAUGAAACUGGGCUUCAGGAUGACGCUGAUAUGGAUGAUAUUCAAUUCAAGGCUGCUGAAUUGAUAGAAGCCAUGAAUGGAGACGUUUUGGGUUAUGGCGGCACAGAAUAUUGCAACUCGAGUUUUGAAUGGGUUAUGGAAUACACUAGGUUUUACCUGACCAAGGAAGGUUCAAAGAUAGCAAAACUUGUCAAAGAACGUAUUGCAAACUUAGCCUACCAUGCUGAUCGAUUGGGGGUAAAGAUUCCAGAUGAUCUAAAAAAAACUUAUGAUUUGAAAUCAUUCAAAGGUUUAACUCUGGGUGAAAUAUUACUCAGCACUUUCGCUGCUCUGGAUCUUGAUAUCCUGGUCAAAUUGAAAAAUCUUUUGAACUUGAAUCAAGUUCCAGGGGCAACAACCCGAACCAAAACCCUGAAAAACAAACAAACCGGGAUAAUCGGAGAAUGGGGUAGCAUUAAAGACGAACUAUCACUUAAUGCGUUUAGCAUAAAAAGAUAUUGUGAUUUAAGAGGUGAGAUUAUAAGUGGCUUGGAGGCUUAUGUCAGGAAUAAGGAUCUGGACCGCUUGUUGUGA